UGUCCCUGUGUCUCUCCAGAGGACAACCAGCCCUACCUAUCCGUCCCCUGCAGUGACCACAAGAUCACCAGCGCUGUUUGGGGACCCCUGGGAGAGUUUGUCAUCGCUGGCCACGAGAACGGAGAGUUCAACCAGUUCAGUGCCAAGUCUGGAGAGAUCCUGAAGAAGGCCAAAGAGCACACCAAGCAGAUCAACGACAUCCAGACAUCCGUGGAUCUCACCAUGUUCAUCAGCGCCUCCAAGGACAACACCGCCAAGCUGUUUGACUCCACUUCUCUGGAUCACAUCAAGACUUUCAAGACAGAGAGACCCGUCAACUCUGCUGCCAUCUCCCCCAUCAUGGAUCAUGUGGUGAUGGGAGGAGGACAGGAGGCCAUGGAGGUCACCACCACCUCCACCAGGAUCGGCAAGUUUGAAGCCAGGUUCUUCCAUGCUGCCUAUGAAGAGGAGUUUGGCAGGGUCAAAGGUCAUUUUGGCCCCAUUAACUGUGUGGCAUUCCACCCUGAUGGCAAGAGUUACAGCAGCGGAGGAGAGGACGGAUACGUAAGGAUUCAUUACUUUGACCCACAGUACUUUGACUUUGAACUGGAGGCGUGAACAGUGAGGCUCCUCAAUCCCACAGCGAACAUCACAUCAGUCCAGACAGGAAGAAGAAAUACCGGACUGACGUGCAUUUACAGUCUGCUAACCACCUCGCCUCUUCCCUUCAUCUGAACCGAUCUGAAGUCAGUAAGCGUAUCACAGAUUACUUCAAAUAAAGGUAAAGAGGUGUUUUUCUAACGUCACGUGGAGACUGUCCUGGUGGUGGUAGCAGGAGUUGUUUUUGUACCCUGGACCUGCAGAGUGUUUGUGACUGGACUUACAAACCCACACUCCCCGAUUCCCACCUCUAUUUAAUCUGAUUCUACUAAUUAGUAGAGUUUGAGUUAUUGAUAUAUUUUCUGUUGUAAGCCAUUCCAUCUAAAGUCACCAUAAAAUUUCUGAAUUCAA